GGGCGGCUCUAGGAUCGGGGGCCUAGCAAGCACCCAGCCGAGCGACCCGGGCCAGGCGGUGGCUAGCAUGGCCCCUACGCUGUUCCAGAAGCUUUUCAGUAAGAGGAACGGGCUGGGCGCGCCCGGCCGAGACGCCCGGGACUCCGAUUGCGCGUUCAGUUGGCCUUUGCCAGAGUUUGAUCCAAGUCAAAUUCGAUUGAUUGUAUAUCAAGACUGUGAAAGGCGAGGGAGAAAUGUCUUAUUUGAUUCCAGUGUUAAGAGAAAAAAUGAGGACACAUCAGUAUCGUUUCAACGGUUGCAAGAUAGUCUUGAAUUCAUCAAUCAAGACAACAAUACAUUAAAAGCUGAUAAUAACACAGUUAUUAAUGGACUACUUGGAAAUAUAGUUCAUAGUAACCCAAUGGACAUGCCUGGAAGAGAGCUAAAUGAGGACAGAGACAGUGGCAUAGCACGCUCUGCAUCUCUCAGCAGCUUGCUUAUCACCCCAUUUCCCUCCCCAAACUCCUCACUUACCCGAAGUUGUGCCAGCAGCUACCAGAGACGUUGGCGACGCAGCCAAACAACAAGUUUGGAAAAUGGGGUAUUUCCUAGAUGGUCUAUAGAAGAAAGCUUUAAUCUGUCAGAUGAAAGCUGUGGCCCUAACCCAGGAAUUGUGAGGAAAAAGAAGAUUGCAAUUGGGGUAAUCUUUUUGUUAUCCAAAGAUGAAGAUGAAAAUAACAAAUUUAAUGAAUUCUUUUUUUCACAUUUUCCUCUCUUUGAAAGCCACAUGAACAAAUUAAAGAGUGCAAUAGAACAGGCUAUGAAAAUGAGCCGGAGAUCAGCUGAUGCCAGUCAGAGAAGUUUGGCAUAUAAUCGGAUAGUUGAUGCCCUGAAUGAAUUCAGAACAACAAUUUGUAAUCUUUACACAAUGCCACGAAUUGGAGAGCCCGUGUGGCUUACAAUGAUGUCGGGGACUCCAGAAAAGAACCAGCUUUGUCAUCGAUUCAUGAAGGAGUUCACUUUUUUAAUGGAAAAUGCUUCCAAAAAUCAAUUCUUGCCAGCUCUCAUAACUGCAGUUUUGACCAAUCAUCUUGCCUGGGUGCCAACAGUCAUGCCAAAUGGACAACCACCUAUUAAAAUAUUUUUAGAAAAACAUUCCUCUCAGAGCGUGGACAUGUUAGCAAAGACUCAUCCAUAUAAUCCACUCUGGGCACAGCUGGGGGACUUGUAUGGUUCUAUUGGCUCUCCUGUACGGCUUGCAAGGACUGUGGUAGUUGGCAAACGACAAGAUAUGGUCCAGAGGCUACUUUAUUUUCUUACUUACUUUAUAAGAUGCUCUGAACUUCAAGAAACCCAUCUUUUAGAAAAUGGAGAAGAUGAAGCCAUUGUUAUGCCAGGCACAGUGAUUACUACCACUUUAGAGAAAGGUGAAAUAGAAGAAUCAGAGUAUGUGCUUAUCACAAUGCAUAGAAACAAAAGCAGUUUGCUGUUUAAAGAGUCCGAAGAAACAAGAACUUCUAAUUGUAACUGUAAAUACUGUAGUCAUCCACUCCUUGGGCAAAAUUCAGAAAAUGUGUCACAACAAGAGAAAGAAGAUAUUCCAAAUAAGGAACUGCUAGGAAUUUCAGAUGAAUGCCGAAUAAUUUCUCCUUCUGACUGCCAAGAAGAAAAUACUGUUGAUGUUAAACAGUGUAGAGAUAAAUUAAGAACUUGCCUUGACACCAAGUUAGAGACUGUUGUUUGCACAGGAUCUGCUCCGGUAGACAAAUGUGUAUUGUCAGAAACAGACUUAGAGCCAACAGAGGAAACAUGGCAGAGUAAGGAAUUGCUGGAUCCAGAUAAUCACACAGGCAAAGUAAUGAGAUCCACAGGAAUCGUUGUGGAAAAGAAACCUCCAGAUAAGACUGUGCCUGCUACAUUUUCUUGUGAGGCCAUCCAGACAAAGGUUACAUUUCUGAUUGGGGAUUCUAUGUCACCUGAUUCAGAUACUGAACUCAGGAGUCAGGCUGUGGUGGAUCAGAUUACUAGGCAUCACACCAAACCAUUGAAGAAAGACAGAGGGGCUAAUGAUUUACAUCAAGAAACUAAACAACCAAACAAGGACAAAUCUGUAGAGUCUGAUUUACAAAGCCUGCUUUCUGGAGAGCCCUGUGAACUUCCCUGUUGGAGUCCUUCAGACCCAGAAAGCCUGAGCUUAUUUGAUGAAUAUUUUAAUGAUGAUUCAAUUGAAACCAGGACUAUUGAUGAUGUUCCAGUUAAAACAAGUACAGACAGUAAAGAACACUGCUGUAUGUUCGAGUUUUCAAAAAGAUUGUGUGCAAAAAAUAGCAAACAGAACAAUGAACUUUGUAAAUGUAUAGAAACAAUUCACCAAGAUUCGUGUAAAACCUGCUUUCCUCAGCAGGACCAAAGAGAUACACUCUCCAUUCUUGUCCCCCAUGGGGAUAAAGAGAGUUCAGAGAAAAAAAUUGCUGUAGGAACUGAAUGGGACAUUCCAAGAAAUGAAAGUUCAGAUAGUGCCCUUGGGGAUAGUGAAAGUGAAGAUACAGGUCAUGAUAUGCCGAGACAAGUCAGCAGUUACUAUGGAGGAGAGCAAGAAGAUUGGGCAGAAGAGGAUGAGAUACCUUUUCCUGGGUCAAAGUUAAUUGAGGUUAGUGCUGUUCAGCCCAACAUUGCCAACUUUGGGAGGUCCUUGCUGGGUGGCUACUGCUCGUCUUAUGUGCCUGACUUUGUUCUUCAAGGAAUUGGGAAUGAUGAGAAGCUCCGCCAGUGUCUGGUGUCAGAUUUGUCUCAUGCUGUGCAGCAUCCAGUGUUGGAUGAACCAAUAGCAGAAGCUGUCUGCAUUAUAGCUGAUAUGGAUAAAUGGACUGUUCAAGUGGCCAGCAGCCAGAGACGAGUGACAGAUAAUAAAUUGGGAAAGGAAGUGUUGGUUUCGAGUCUUGUUUCCAACCUGCUUCAUUCCACCCUUCAGCUUUAUAAGCAUAACUUGUCUCCAAAUUUUUGUGUAAUGCAUCUUGAAGACCGGUUGCAGGAACUAUACUUCAAGAGCAAAACUGAGUACUUGAGGGGCCAGAUGCGUGUUCAUGUCAAGGAGCUGGGUGUGGUUCUUGGUAUUGAAUCCAGUGAUCUUCCUCUUCUGGCUGCUGUAGCAAGCACUAAUUCUCCAUAUGUUGCUCAGAUACUUCUUUAACUUUGGUGGAAAGUUAAAUAGAAACCAAGGAAAGAGGCACAACAUGUAUUUAUGAAAUUUUUUUCCUGUUAGACCUCUGUCUGAAUGAGUUCAUCUCCCAGGUACCCUGCACUGCAUUGCAUAUUCUGGGUACUUUGGAUGAGUUUUCUUUUAACUGGAUUUGGGGUGGUGGUAGGUUUUUUUUUUAACCAAGUGAAACUAAAGCAGCAUAAAUAAUUUUGCUGGCUGGUGAGUGGGGGGCAUUUGAAAAAGCCAAAGCAUAACUUUGAAAUUUCUACAAAAUAAAUAAUAUCAAGGAAUUUCAUGUCAUCACUACAAUGUUGUCACAACUCAUAAAUGAGUGUCUCAUGAUUAAAUGGCUCAGAAGUAGUCAUUAGUUUUUAAUUCUGUAGAAAGCUAAAAAACCUUGAUUAUUUGUUAUUUUGUUUUGCAUUUCAAAAUAGCUAAUUUCUGGUUAUUUCUCAAUGUAAGUAUUUUAAACAUCCUGUUAAUUACAACAAACUCAGAAUAAUGAGUGAAAAUAUAUGUUAUGUUGUCCACCCAAGUGUACAUAUGUAUCUAUUUUUUUUAAAAUGCAGAGGUAGAAAUACAAAAUUGGUAAACAUGCCUUUUCUAAAAAAAAAUUUUCAACUAAUAUUAAUUGUAUAUAAUGUUAUUAGUUUAUGUGAUUUUUUUUCUGUUUCACAUAUUCUAAAAUAUACAUAAAGCCAAUUUCUUUUUAAGGCUGAGGAUGAGGAUUCCUAAAAUAAGAAUACUACUUUAUACUAUUUGUUUUUUAAGUAUGAGCUAAUUCUUAUAAAUACUAAUAUUUACAUAUUCACUAAUUUAAUAAAUGAAAAUUAGGAUAAGAAAUUACACCAAAGCAUUGGCAAAAAUAAGAAUAAUAUUUUCUUUAAAAGUGCUCAGGUAGUCAAGCCCCUUAUUUUCAUUAUCAGCCCUUUUUGAAACCACAGGAGCAGAGUCUUUGUUACACUGCUUAAAAUAUUCAAUUUACACUAAUUGAAAUUAUAAAUUAUUCUCUUUUCUGUGACAGUUCCUCCCUUCCAAAUGGUGAUUUUUUUUCAGAUUUCCACUUCUCAAUUUUUGUUGUCUUUGUAUAUACUGUAGAAUGUUGCUUGUAAGAAAGGCUAAUAUGAAACCAAACCCAUGUAAGUAAUGUAAAUAGAAAGAUCGGUAGAUAAAGUUUUCAAUAUGCUCUACUACCUCAGUUUACUUGAAUACUGAAUUAUAGUUUAUUCUUUGCUUAUCUGGUCUAAGAUACAUUAAAUGGUAGAAAUAAUUCUGAUUUCUGCUUUGACUCUUUCCAUCACAAUUAACUCAUUAGCUUAAGAAAACCACUUGUUUAUUCAUUUACUAAAUACAUUUACAAUAUAGCACAUCCAUUCUUGCUAUUAUAACUUUUCAAUGAUCAGUGAAAAUUUUAUGUUCUUUGUUUAGUCAACCUUGACUAGUGUUGGGUCACAUUUUCCUCACCCUUUAUGUUUAUUCAAGAGAUUUCCAACUAGACAAAGAAGUGGUUGUUUUAAUAGAAAGUAAAUCUGAAAUUGAUCUGCCUACAGUUUGGCCCAUGUCCUUUAGGUGGUACUUGUUAGUACCCAAUUCUCCUGUGGAUGACUUGCUGCCAGAAUGUUUAUGAAUGUAUUUUCUUUGGCUUAAUUUUCUUACUCCAUUCAUUAACAGAACUCUUCUAUUGUCUAUUUUUGCAAUUCAGUGAGUCGAUCUCUGGCAGAAUUCAGAUUCUAUAAUACUUCCUAUAUGGGCCAUUGUACAUUAUUUUUUGGUUGUGGCUCAGAAUAAUAUGUAGCAGGUAGGUAAUGUCUGUUUGAGUCAAUCUUCUUAAUCAUCAAACUGUUUUCAGUCCUAUUUGAAGUGUCUAAUAAAUUACUAUUUAGUAAUUCUAGUCUUCAGUAAGUGAAUGGCUCAUGCUGCUGUUAUUCUUAAAGCUAAGCUUUGCUGGGAAGGAAAAGGUUCAUAGUUUCUUAAGCACACCUUAAUCCUUAUAGGAUUCCUGAGUUAUAAUUCCUAACACUCCUAUAAUUUCUGGACCUUCAUCAUAAUCAUUCUUUCCUUAUAUGAAGCCCAAGGAAUGAUUUACUGCUUUGGUGGUCUGUAUGAUGAAUGUCAAAAGAGUUUUGACCUGUUUAAAAUAAGUUUUUCAACUUCUUAUGGUACAAAUAUGUUACAUAUCAAAAAUAUUGUUGCAACAAGCAAUAAAAAAGGGAUCUUUUAUAUGAUAGAAUUAAAACUAAUUUUCCAUACAUAUAAACUAAUUGAGUUGGUUCUAAGUGUCCUGUCAUUUAUUAAUAUGUCUUAAUUUUGAGUUUGAAAAUAUUAAGUGCAAUAAACAUACUAGCACAGAUUUCGUUUUGUUGCAGUUGGCAUACACUGAGGAUGAUCACAAAAAAAAAAUCAGAUUUUACGUAAGGCCUACUUCUGUUUGAUGUCUUAUGAGAGUGUUCUGCUUUCUCUAAGUUAUUUAGAUGAUGGAUAUAUAAAAUGUACAUACUUGUUCCUUGCUCAGAAUACAUUUUUCAAAUGUACACCUGUAUUAUAAUAACCUCCCAGUUCUAGGGGAAAUUUGUGCAAUAAACACACAUCAAUUUGA